CAUGAAUGUUAUCCAGUCUAACAUAUUUCCUUGUAUGACGAGGUAUUUAACUUUUGCCAAACUUAAGUUUAUAUCGACUUUGCUAAACGCUGCAAAGUCAAGAUAAAUUAUGUCUACAUUUUUAAUUGAUAAUUGUGUCAUAAUGGCUGAGAAAUUGGCUUAAAACACAAUCUGGAUGCAUGAAAAACAUGCUGAGUUGGAUUAAAGAGGUUAUAUUAUGUGUCCAGGAAAGCAAUAAUUUUAUUUCUUACAACUUUCUUAAAGAUUUUAAUAAUGUGGGACGUUUAGUGCUAUUUACAAUAGUUAACAGCCGAAGUUUGGCUUCCAUUCUUGUGAAUUGGUGUAAUUAAUGCGUUGAGAAGGAAGCUUGGUAUGUGUCCUUGGUUAUACGAUUCUUGCCAUAGCAUUUUGAGCGGGUUUGACAAUUGUUCUUUGUAUAAUUAAGGAGAAGCAGUGCCGGAAAACCAUCUGAACCUGUAGCCAAGUUUGAAGACAAUUCACUUAUUGCAUCUUUAAUGUCUUCUUCUGUAAACGUUAGUUCUUGAAUGGUUUGGGUAGGUUCAGUACCUUAAUUUGUUUGGAUUUCUGGUUUUGGUUACUAAACAUUGAGAGAGAAGAAAAGGUUUUUAACACAACACGCUAGAUUACACCACUUUCUCAAAUCGCAAUGGUUAUCUCAGCCAAUCAAUAUGCAAUUAACCUACCAAUAAUAAUUAUCCAAUUAUUCAUGCAACUUAACCUCCUUCGGCAAUAAAGAAGCAAGGUUUUUUCUCUCUCCUUGCUAACCUUGCUAAUCACUGCACAUAUUUUAUUAUUGUUCGUUUACCAAAACUGUUUAGCAUUGCCAAAAAAAAAUGAGAAAGAAUUACAUGACCUUUUUAUCUUUUUACCUUUUUAUCAUAAACAGACCCGUCAUAAUGACUAAUUGCUAGCGCUGGUAACAAAGCCUGCACGUUGGAUAAAGCCCUUGUUUCUUAGGUCAUCCCUUUAACCACACAACUUCCUUUUUCUACAUUCAAUACUUCAAAUCCUCCACUGGAGAGUGGAGACAUCCAAUCAAAAAACAUAUUUUCUUAUUAUACAUGCAAAAUUUGUUUUUGUUCUCCCCCAUUUUUCUCACAUAGUUGUUUACCUAUUAAUAAUUUUGUUUUUAUCACAUUACGUGAAAGUAGUUCUUGUGCCAUGUUAUAACUUUGUGAUUUAUUUUAUUACUAUUUUCAGGUGAGAUUUAAUACAUUGCAGCAAAUAUACAGAAUGCCUAGCAAGAUUGUUCGAUAUGUUGGCAUUGUUACUUUGCUGUGGGCAUUUGUACUCAUGUAUAUGGGUUUUAAUUUAUUUCAACUAGUUGAAGAGUCAAGAAGGUCUUCCCAAGAACUAAAUAAAGUGUCUUUAGAGGUGCUGCAACUUAGAAGAGAAAAUAAACGCCUUCAAAAGGAGAAUAUCGCAAAAAACACUAGAGUGAUUAAAAAUGAUGCACAGCGGACAAAUAGAGAAGCUGAAAGCGAUGAAAAUAAUAGAAAUAAUGAGUUAUUGCAUGAAUUAGAUGGCGCGAAAGCGAAAAUUAGAGAGCUUGAAAGAAAGUUCAAAUCAUUCUCUGUAUCAGAGAGUAGUAAUAAUUAUGAAAUUUUAAGAAGGAGAAUAGCAAAACAAAUUAGAGAAAUGUGGUUUUAUUUAUCUGCACAAUUUACAAAAGUAAACAAACUUCUUCCAGAUACUGCAAGAAACGAUUUUAUGAAAGUUUUAGAAAAUUUUGGUGAAAUGCAGCGAAUCACUGAACAUGACUUUGAGGAGCUAAUUUCUAUGGACGGUGCACAAGAUAUCAGAGAUGCUUCUGCCAAAAGGCUAUCAGAGGUAGUGCAGAAAAGGCUUUAUAAUUUACAGAAUCCUAAAGAUUGUAAAAAUGCAAGAAAGUUAAUUUGUUCUCUGAAUAAAGGCUGUGGUUAUGGAUGCCAAAUGCAUCACAUACUUUAUUGUUUUAUUGUGUCUUAUGCAACGAAACGAACAAUGAUUAUUGAUUCGACAGGGUGGAGAUAUUCAUCCAGAGGAUGGAAUGCAUACUUUCAACCUGUUAGUGAUACUUGCAUCCACUCAGGCAAUGGUGAAGAAUGGGAUCGUUUUCAUGAUAAAGCAAAAGUAGUACAUUUGCCUAUUGUUGAUUCUAUGUUUCCACGCCCCCCUCAGAUGCCUUUGUCUGUACCGAAAGAUCUGUACAAUGACAUCAAGAAGUUUCAUGGACAUCCCUUUGUUUGGUGGAUCAGUCAGUUCACAAAAUAUCUUUUCAAGUUUCAACCAAAUAUCAGGAAAGAAAUAGAGGACAAAAAACACAGAUUAGUUUUUAAAAGGCCUAUUGUUGGUGUGCAAGUCCGGCGUACUGAUAAAAUAAAUUUGGAAGCUGCUUUCCAUGGUAUCGAGGAAUACAUGUAUUGGGUAGAUCUUUAUUACAAAAAAUUGGCACUAACUGAAACGUUUGACAAAAAGAGAGUUUUUAUUGCCAGUGACGAUGCAACCGUACUAUCGGAUGCACGUAAAAAGUACCCAGAGUAUGAAUUUUUAAGCGACAAUGACGUUUCAAAAGCAGCUGGUUUGCAGCGUAGAUAUUCAGACGAAUCUUUGCAUGGUGUCAUUUCGGACAUCGAGAUUUUGUCCGACACAGAUUUUUUAGUCUGUACUUUCUCGUCACAAGUAUGUCGUAUGGCGUACGAGAUCAUGAAUAACAAACACACUGACGCUUCUCAAAAAUUCCGUUCUUUGGAUGAUAUAUAUUAUUUUGGCGGACAACAAGAACACAGAAUGAAAGCUAUUUGGCCGCAUGAAGCUCAGGGACGGAGUGAGCUUGAUUUAAAAGUAGGAGAUAUCAUUGGAAUUGCAGGAAAUCAUUGGGACGGUCAAGCCAAAGGGCUUCACCAUGCUUCUCAAAGGACUGGUUUGUUUCCUGCUUACAAAGUGGAAGAUGUUCACGACGUUGCCGACUUUCCUGUCUACGACGACAAAUAAUCAAAAUUUCCGACACCUUAUAGGCUCAUAAACUUGAUGAUAAUUUUUUACAUUUUAAAGUAACGUUAGAAUGUAUUUAUAUUUAGCGCUUUCAAUUUUUCAAUAGUCAUCCAUUUAUUUAA